AUGUCCAAUGGCAUUGCCCCGUCGUAUAUCGUGGCCCGCCGCCGCAACCAUACCUUUUCCUCGGCGCAGUCCGACUCUGCUUCACCAUCGCCCUCUCACCUCAGCAGUGUUAAUACAAAGCCUACCAAGAAUAAAAAGCAUACAGCUCAUCAGAAGGAUGCGCAGCCUGCUGAUGUCAAACAUAAGGGGGAGACGGACACAGCCGCUACGACCAAGAUAAGAAAAGUCAAAGGAACACAAGACAAGACGGUAAAGGUACGGAGAGGACGUGCUAAUAGACGACUAGCCGCAAAACUUACUGCUUCUGUGGCCCCCAGCCAGAAAUCGAAACCCGGGAAGGUAGCGACGGACUUGAAAAGCAUUCCUACUCAUAAUACGGAAGAGACCAUAAGGAACAUAGCGUUCAUCCAGAAGGAAUCGAGCCUGGGUUUGAAAAAGAUUCGACCGAGCAAAGUCAUAGCCGCCCUGAGCCUGGCGCCACAAGUGCUGAAAAAAACAGCGCGAAAGCCGACAGCGGAAGUACCGACAGCAGAGACACCAAAACCAAGUAAACUUAAGGCGGGGUCAGGCGGCUUCGCGCCUGUAAGGUUAGCAACUACAAAAUUACAGGACGAGGCUACACUAAAGGACAUUGAAAUACUGCCGUUAAACACUGAGUCCGACGAGGUUCCUGGUCUAUCAUACGGAUUGGAUAGGGUACUCUUCAACCCGGGUGUUUAUCAAUUGCAAGACAAUAGGACGAUGGUCUAUAACUUUGAUCCUUACUUAGCCGACAUCAUGCCUGUCUCGCAAUUUGAUUUUAAAGCGUUGAACGACUACAUCACCUCCUCUAAAGACGAGGUUCUCAAGAACAAAGCGAUAGAAGCUGGCAAAAAAUAUAUCGGAUCGUCAUCUAGUAUGACUGGUGUACUUUCACACUUCCACUUUCUCCUGUCAGAAUGGCGAGAGAUCGAUACGUCGCAUUUAACCCAAGGAUUCCCGCCUACAUUGAAAUCAUUCACCAAGCUAUCGCGACUCCCAGCGGUCGUCUUUCUGAGAUAUAACGAUGGCGUAUAUGCUAUUGACGCUGAUAAAGAAUGGGAUAACUCCAACAUAUUAAUGGGGCUAGGAAAAUCAAUGGAGAAGUUACUAACCAUGCCGACGGACCAAUUUGAACGCUACCGAAGGAGCAACCCCGACAAGAUAUUGAAGGAAGAUUCCCCUCCUGAAGUCUACCACUACUCGACAUGUGGAGAUUUCUUGAUGAGAUCUCAGCUUGAUGCGUACGACCCUCGCCUUCCAGGAACAGGCAUGUUUGAUUUGAAAACCCGUGCAGUAGUGUCUAUUCGUAUGGACGCUAGAGAACCAUGGGAUGCCAUGGGUUACCAGAUAAAGUCGCGCCUUGGGGAGUUUGAAUCGUUUGAGCGCGAGUAUUAUGAUAUGAUGCGCUCAGCUUUCCUGAAAUAUCACCUUCAAGUUCGUGUUGGUCGAAUGGACGGUAUCUUUGUUGCAUUCCAUAACAUCAAACGAAUCUUCGGCUUCCAGUACAUCAGCUUACCCGAGAUGGAUAAAUGCAUUCACGGUCAAGAGAAUACCGCUCUCGGCGACGCUGAAUUCAAACUCAGCAUUAACCUUUGGAACAGGGUCCUUGACAUGGCCACCGAGAAGUACCCAAAACAAUCGUUAAGAUUCCACUUCGAGACCCGUGAAUCGCAGAAUCCAUUCAUGUACAUCUUCGCCGAGCCCGUAACUGAUGAAGAGAUAACGAAGAUUCAAGAGCGGAACAUUGACGAGAUCCAAGCUUAUGAAAAGAGGGUCUUCUACCCUGAGUUGCUCGAAACUACCGAACCGAAGGCCGCCAGUAGUGAAGAGGGCAACUCGGCCGUGCAAGCAUCAGAGUCAACGGAACACAGCUCCGACUGUGCAUCAGAGGAUGAACUAGGUGAUAAAGUGAACGCCGAAACUACCGAGCUGGCUCCCCGUCGGCUCUUACUGGCAAUGGCCCUAUCGAUCCGGAAUUUUGUCAAUGGCAAAGAAGUCGAGCGACCCACCGAGUUCACCUCCCGGGAUGAGUGGACUGUCAAAUAUCAGAUUAGCAGUUUUACUGAGGAACGAGGAUGGGCUCUAUAUGAAGCAUGCAAGCAACGAAGGUCCCGGGCCCUUUCAAAUACCGAGGAUGACGAUGCUCCCAACAGCCGUUUCCUUGAGCAAUUGAAAGCGAUCAGCAAAAACGGACAGAAGUGGAGAGACAGGAUGGAUAAAAUCGAGAAAAAGAACGGUAUCAUCCGAUACUAG